CAAUAUCAGUCGAAAUUUACUUCACUGCUGCGCCACUGGUUAUCGUCUAUAGAUUAAACGAAAACAAGAUUUGAAUAAAACCCAGAGUCCUAUCUUGGAACUUCAUAAAUUUGCUUCAAAACCAAUGGACGGCACUCAGAGAACCAGCACUAGGCUAUUUUGCCUUAGCAGUUUGCUAUCUUUUAGUCUCGUCUCGGCAUUUUUCUUUUAUCUAAUGUCUGGCCGGACCUCAAACGUAUCUGACAUCUCUGUGCUACGCGAUGAAGUGAAUCAGCUAUCGAAACUGGUGCGCGGCUCCCCCACAGCCGUUGGAGCUUUCGACAGUUCCAAGGAUGCCCCUGGGCCACCUGGUAGUUCGCACUUCGUUCCAAAAGAACCUGGCGCCGAAGUGGCCAAAUGGACUUCCGAACUUGCACGCAAGGUUGACGUCCUCAUGGACGAUGUGAGACAGCUAAAGGAGAAUUGCUUUAAAAUGAUGUCAAUGCCAAUUCGGAAUUCAAUGCAAUUUCCAAACGUAUUAAAAAAUACACUUUUAAUGCAAAAUCCAAAUUUGGUCCAAAGCCCAAAUGGAAAUCAAAAUGGAAUCCACGACGCAACUGCAAUCAAACAACAAAAUUCAAGCCGAGAUCUAAAUUCAGUUAACAAUCAAAAUUUAAGCCACGAUCGAAAUUCCCACAAGGAUUCAAGCCAAUAUCCAAAUUCGAAUCAAGAUCCAAAUUUCUAUAAGGAUCAAUAUUAUAAGCAAGAUGCAUAUCCAAACGAACAAUCAUAUUCAGACCAACAUCGAUAUUCAAAGCAAGAUUCAUAUGCAAACGAAGGUGUAUAUUCAAACCAAGAUCCAUAUUUAGACCAACAUCGAUAUAAAAACGAAGGUCCAUACUCAAACCAACACAAUUACCAUACCGAGAGUCUCCCAGUGGGCUAUAAUCGUUUGAACUUCGCCUCAGACGAGCUGGGGGCCAGUAUUGUCUCGGUCGAGGCCAGCCCCAUUGGCCACAGCGGUAUAUUCAAGCGCCUUCUGGGCCUAGAAUUCAGUUCCAAUCCGCCGGUCAACAUGCUUCGGCCGAGUCUGUCGCCCGGCGCCUGCUUUGGAUACCGUGGGGUUCGUGCCAUUGCGAUCAUCCAUCUGGCCAAGGAAAUCAUCGUUGACACGAUUACCCUGAGCCACCCGCCCAAGGAUAUGAUGCCCAAUCUGUGUGAAAACGCACCGAAAGAUUUCAAGGUUAUCGGCAUAAAACCGAAUUACAACGAGAAAGAGCCGUUGGGCCAAUUUACCUACCAUAAUCACGCCAACAGACGCACUGAAAUCUACCGUAUAGACAACAAAAGUACUUUCCGUAGACUGGUCCUCGAAUUCUACUCGAAUCAUGGCGGACAGUUCACCUGCAUUUAUCGAGUGGAGGUCUAUGGAAGCUUGCCUGCCCCUGACCCACAGGGCAAUGAGCGCGGACGAGGCAAGGAUCACGGAAAAGGAGAUCUCCACGCAGAAGGAGACGACAAUGGGCAAGGAGGUGAAGUCAGCGGACAAUCAGAUUUGAGCGUACCAGAGGCUGUUCGUGGACCAGUAGAUAGCCGCGGAACAGAAGACAGCAGCGGACCUUUAUACACCAGCACACCACGAGAUAGCAGCAGGCCAGAAGAUGUCAGUGGAGGCGAUCUCCGUCGGGGAGAUGAUGUCCGCGGACAAAAGGAAGUCUGCGGACGAGAUGGCGAAAUUUGCGACAAACCUGGCUGCAAACGAUGCGCCCAACGGGAUAGCAGCGGACCAGUAGAUAGCAGCGGACCAGACUCUGUUCGUGGACCAGUAGAUAGCCGCGGAACAGUAGACAGCAGCGGACCAGUGGACAGCAGCGGACCACGAGAUAGCAGCAGAUUAGGAGAUAGCAGCGCACCUGAUGAGAGCACCGGUCCAUUAUACACCAGCACACCACGAGAUAGCAGCAGGCCAGGAGAUAGCAGCAGGCCAGGAGAUAGCAGCGGACCAGAAGAUGUCAGUGGAGGCGAUGUCCGCGGACAAAACGAAGGCUGCGGACGAGAUGGCGGAAGUUGCAAAAACCCUGGCUGCAAAAACUGCCGCAGAGAACUUUAAUGUUUUUGUGAGUUCUCAUCUCCUCCUUCUCAUCGGUUUACUCUGACAAUUCUCUGACAGUACCAAUACACUCCUAACUCCAUUUUCUGAUGCAGCAGGAGCCAGUGAGAGCCCUAUAUUGUUCAUAUAAACCAAAUUUAUUUGUCUCACGCUGAGUUAAUGCGCUGGCGCAUUAUGAGAUUGAAGUUUACAAGUUUUAAUUACGUUCUGGUUAUUAUUUAAAUUUAAAUAAAACGUUUCCUUGUUUGCGUUGGUUAGUAAUCGGGAAACAUGUUCUACCCGAUAGAG